UCCUCUUUCCCCUCCCUCCCCCCUUCCCUUGUCAAUCUUCUCCCCGAUCCCCCUUUCCCCCCCACCGCCAAGAUUCACCAUGCUUAUCAAGGAGUACCGCAUCCCCAUGCCCAUGAGUGUGGAGGAGUACCGCAUUGCCCAGCUCUAUAUGAUCCAGAAAAAGAGCAGGGACGAGAGCUGUGGUGAAGGCAGCGGGGUGGAGAUCCUAGAAAAUAAGCCCUACACAGAUGGACCGGGUGGAACGGGCCAGUACACCCACAAGGUCUACCACAUUGGCAUGCACAUUCCCAGCUGGUUCCGCUCCAUCUUGCCCAAAGCAGCACUGAGGGUUGAAGAGGAGUCUUGGAACGCCUACCCUUACACCCGCACCAGAUACACCUGUCCCUUUGUUGAGAAGUUCUCCAUUGACAUUGAGACCUACUACAAACCCGACACAGGCAACCAAGCAGAUGUGUUCAACAUGUCUGCAGCAGAGAAGAGGCAGAGGACUAUUGACCCAAUCGACAUAGUGACAGAUCCCAUUCCUCCACAUGAGUACAAAGCAGAGGAAGACACACGGCUCUACAAGUCAGUGAAAACCCAGAGGGGUCCUCUGCAGGACGACUGGAUAGAAGAUUACAACAAUAACCCAGGGAAGACCCCCAUCAUGUGUGCCUACAAACUCUGCAAGGUGGAGUUUCGCUACUGGGGCAUGCAAUCUAAGAUUGAACGCUUCAUCCAUGAUGUUGGACUGAGAAAGGUGAUGGUGCGUGCCCACCGGCAGGCCUGGUGCUGGCAGGAUGAGUGGUACGGUCUGACCAUGGAGGACAUCCGUCAGCUGGAACUGGAAACCCAGCUGGCCCUGGCCACAAAGAUGGCCCAAUUCAGUCAGGCAGAGGAGGCCACAGAAGCCAACGGAGGUGCUCCGUCUCCGGACAAAGACCAAGAGGUUAAAGAGGCAAUCAGCUCCAUUGAAGCUGAAGAGGUGGUUGUCAGCUCAGGAGGAGAGACUCUCCAGCCACGAGGUGUACUCACAAAGCAGUGGUCCACCUCAUCCAGAUCCUCCCGCUCAUCCAAGAGAGGAGUAAGCCCAUCGCGUCACAGCAUCUCAGAGUGGAGGAUGCAGAGCAUAGCGCGAGACUCAGACGACAGCUCGGACGAAGAGUUCUUCGACGCUCAUGAGGAUCUCUCAGACAACGAGGAGGUCAUCCCAAAGGAAAUCACCAAGUGGAACUCCAAUGACCUAAUGGACAAGAUUGAAGCUGCAGACCCAGAAGAGACUCCUGGUGAACUGUUCAAGGAAAUGACAGUGGAUUAUGAACGAGCAACCAGUGAGGAAAGACUAGAUGAGAUGCGUGGCUCUGUUAGCGGCCAAGCCGAUAGCUCUCCCAUUCCCACCAUCACGGUAACAAGGCACCAGUCAGAAAACUUGUCCCAGCAGCGUCUGCAGCCUUCCAAGAUCCAUGUGCUGAUCUUGGUUCUGCACGGAGGGAACAUCCUGGACACAGGUGGCGGGGACCAGACCAGCAAGCAGGCCGAUGUCAACACGAUUAGUACGGCUUUUGACACAGUCAUGCGUGUUCACUACCCUGCUGCGCUGGGACGCAUCGCCAUCCGCUUGGUACCCUGCCCUGCCAUCUGUGCCGAGGCCUUCUCCCUGGUGUCCAACCUGAGCCCAUACAGCUACGAUGAGAGCUGUCUGUCCAGCAGCCAGGACCACAUCCCCCUGGCAGCUCUCCCGCUCCUGGCCACCUCUUCUCCACAGUACCAGGAGGCCAUGACCACUGUCAUCGUCAGAGCCAACCAGGUGUAUGCAGACUUCUUAAAGUCUCUGGAUGGAGCAGCGUUCUCCGGCCAAGUAUGCCUCAUUGGGGACUGCGUGGGAGGAAUCUUGGGAUUUGAUGCUCUGUGCAGUAGCAAUCAGACAGUUAAUGAAAGCCAGAACAGCAGUCGCAGGGGAAGUGUCGUUAGUGUACAGGACCAGGACCUCCUCUCUCCUGGCAUCAUUGUCAACAGCGGGCACGGGUCAGCCUCUCCGACCCUGGAGGGCAGCCGCCACCUCAGUCGCAGUAACAUCGACAUCCCUCGUGCCGGUGCUGGUGACGACACCAAGAGACAACUGCCACGCAAGAGGAGCGACUCCUCCACCUACGAAUUGGACACAAUAAAACAACACCAGGCCUUCCUGACCAGCUUACACUCCAGUGUCUUGCGGAACGAUGCGGCCUCACGCAGGUCGAGCAGCAGCACUAUGCUGGAUGGAGGCUCCCUGGGGAAGUUUGACUUUGAGGUGUCUGACUUUUUCCUGUUUGGCUCUCCUCUGGGCUUGGUACUCGCCCUGAGAAAGACUGUCAUUCCUAUGCUGGAUGUGGCCCAGCUGCGGCCUGCCUGUCAGCAGGUCUAUAACCUGUUCCACCCAGCUGAUCCCUCAGCCUCCCGUUUGGAGCCUCUGCUGGAGAGGAAAUUUCAUCUUCUGCCUCCCUUCAAUGUGCCCCGAUACCAACGCUUUCCCCUGGGAGACGGAAACUCUGCCCUACUGGUGGAGACAGUCCAGAGCAACACUCAGCUGCUACUUGACAGCGGGCCUCCCCUGUCCUUUCGCUGUCAGGAGACCAUCAGUGAGACCUGCAUCCCUGUGCCUGUGCUAAACUGGCAGGAGGGCUACCUCAAAGCCACACCCGCCACUAUGGAGUCGGAUGUUGUUCAGUCUCAUGGUGGUGUCUUCAUGGACAGUUCGUACCCCUCAUCCCCCGUAACGGGCCCCCUCUCCCGGGGCCAGCGGAGGGCCAGUGAGGUCAGCAUUGCGAGCCAGGUCUCAGGAAUGGCAGACAGUUACACUGCCACCAACAUAGCCAACACAAAAUCAUGCCAAAAUAACCAAUACAAAAAGUUCAGCCUUUUGUCCCAACUUGCCCUAUCAUCACAAAACAAAUUCUUCCUGAAAAGUCCUCCUAAGUCCCGUAAGAAAGCAGUGACUGGCCAGGCCACAGGAUCUCGUGAUGCAGAUCUAGUGGCUGAGCUGGACGGUGAGGCAGAGACUAGUGAAGGUCUAAGUCCCAUUGGCCAGUACGAGAACUGCCUGUCAGCUGGGCUGGACUGUGCUAUAUCUGAUCUGGUCUCACUGGACUCCCAGGCUGAAGUGGAGCAAGUGGCAGCACGUUGGUGGGGUACAAAGCGGCUGGACUUUGCCCUCUACUGCCCCGAUGCUCUGACAGCUUUCCCCACUGUGGCUUUACCACACCUCUUCCACGCAUCAUACUGGGAGUCUACUGAUGUUGUGUCUUUUCUUCUUAGACAGGUCAUGAGGCAUGAAAACUCUAGCAUCCUGGAGCUGGAUGGGAAAGAAGUGUCUGAAUUCACGCCCUCCAAACCCAGAGAGAAGUGGCUCCGCAAGAGGACUCAUGUGAAGAUCAGGAACGUGACAGCCAACCACCGUGUAAAUGACGCAGUGUUCACAGAAGACUCCCAGCAGGUCAUGACGGGUCGCUUCAUGUACGGCCCUCUGGACAUGGUCACUUUGGCCGGGGAGAAGGUUGACCUCCACAUUAUGACCCAGCCUCCAUCAGGAGAAUGGGUGUACUUCAGCACAGAAGUGACCAACAGCAGCGGCCGUGUGUCUUUUGUCAUCCCAGAGGACAAACGUCUGGGCAUCGGAGUCUACCCAGUCAAAAUGGUUGUCAGGGGCGACCACACAUUUGCAGACAGCUACCUGACAGUUAUUCCACGUGGCACAGAGUUUGUGGUAUUCAGCAUUGACGGGUCAUUUGCUGCCAGUGUGUCAAUCAUGGGCAGUGAUCCCAAAGUGCGGGCAGGAGCCGUGGAUGUUGUCAGGCACUGGCAGGAUUUAGGCUUUUUGAUCAUCUAUGUGACAGGAAGACCAGACAUGCAGAAGCAGCGGGUUGUGGCUUGGUUGUCUCAGCACAACUUCCCUCAUGGCAUUGUCUCCUUCUGCGACGGCCUGGUCCACGACCCGCUCAGACACAAGGCCAACUUCCUCAAGUCCCUGACAGAGGCUCACCUGAAGAUUUUCGCUGGCUACGGAUCAACCAAAGACAUCUCUGUCUACACCGCUAUUGGCCUCCCUCCCUUACAAAUAUACAUCGUCGGUAGACCCUCCAAAAAGAUGCAGAGCCAGUGCCAGUUCAUCACAGAGGGAUACGCGGCCCAUUUGUCCCUGCUGGAGUACAACCACCGUUCUCGGCCAGCUAAGUCCAGCAGUGCACGCAUGGUGCUACGUAAAGGCAGCUUUGGCUUGGGUGCAAACAGCGACUUCCUGAGGAAGAGGAACCACCUGCUGCGCACCAUCUCCUCCCAGCCGGCCCCCAGCUCCCCAACGGGCAACAUCCACAACAGACCAGAGCGCACACAGAGCCAAUCAGACGGCGAGCGGCUGGAGCGGGAACGGCUGGAUUGCGCUCACGGCCACAGCCAGGGAGCAACACAGCGCAGCAUGAGCAUCACAGCAAGCUGCUGGGGCCGCAGCAGCAGCACCAAGCUGGACCCAGGCAUCCUCAGCCCCAAAUGAGAUUCUGGAGACGAUGUGAGAGUAGCUUCGGUAGAGUGACUUAAAAAUACAGUGCUGAGGAAGAGACUCAUGACAAAGAUAAAAUGCAAAGAGUGAAAAACAGUUGGCUUGCACCAGAUGGGUAAAUAUAACAAUGAAAACAUUAGGUGCUAAAAAACCACUCUUUAUAAAAACUAAUGCCAGUCACACUCCACACACAAUAUUUAUAGACAGGGGCUAUGGCUAUAUUUAUUAUAAAACACACACAACUCAACAGGCAUUUCAAGAAGCAUCUUCCUGAAACGGGAACAUGCACACAAGUAGACAUAUACUUAUAUUGUAGGAAUGUAGACUGUUUCUACUGUUUAGUAAAUAUUUAUCAGUCUUGAAUACAAGGUCAGUUUUUCCUCUUACAAAAGGCUUUUAGAUCGGAGACGGUUACACAUACAAGCACCCCCAUGCAACAACACAAAGUGGUUACAGACAGCCUGUAUCAGGUCCAAGUGCUGAUACUGCACUGUAACUGACUGCUGUGGCCACUGCAAGCACAAUUACUAUAGAGAUCAACUUUGUGCAGAAUAGUUUUAAAGCUUUUGUCCUUUUUAUGUGAUAAUCAAGGUAUGUUCACGUCUGGGAGCAGACGAAGAAUAGCAUAAAACUGGAUUGAAUGGGUUUCUUUUGUUGUUGUGACCAAAUAAAGACACAAUCAUUUGGCCAAAAUUGGCAUUUUUUUUAAAAGAAAAGCAUCAUCAGUUAUCAACAUAUAAAAAUGUUUGGCGGUGCUGUAAGCCAACAAGAAAUUAUUUGAUCUAUUACUAGCAUUUACAAACAGCAAUGACUACAUAGCGUUUCACCAAACCAUACAGUCCAGUUUUGCUUGUUUUCUAGUCGUCCCUCAGACCAAAGAACCAUCCGAGUAUCACAUGAAGCGAACUGCGAGAUUACCCUUUAACUACGGUUGCAGCUGAAACUGUUGCUGGGAUUUUAUAUAGUAUUUCACCACAUCUCACCAUAGUGCGCUGCUGUACCCUCCUGAACCAGUAAUGUAUGACUCAGCUUUAGGGAAAAAACUGCUACUACUGUACGGUUAAUGUGCCAAAGUAAACAGUAUAGAAUGAUAUGCUGUACAUGAAGAGAAAGGGUCUAAUGUGUAAAAAAUGGAAUAGAUUGUGUACGUAUGUAGUUGAAUGCCUUAACAAGGCUUGUACAUAAUUGUUAUAUUACAGUGCAGAUCUGGUAUCUGGUCCACUGAAGACCAGUUUUAAGUGUCUUCUUUACUCUGGGGGUAAACACCGCCUCAUUCAGGAUACACUUUAUUGAUUGAUGAUGAUAAUUAUUGUUAUUUAAGAUUAUAGAUAUUUUAAAAUGUAUUGAUUUUGUGAACAAAAUGUGUUUUAUGAUUAUCUUAGCUAUAUUGUGUUUUUUUUUUCUUCAAACUUAAGUUGCAGCAGCCAAAACUCAAACUUUGCCUGGCACAGUAUUGUAUUUUUAUUAUUUUACCUUGCAGAUCACCAUAAUAGUAUCAACAGAACUGAUAUCUUGUGUCAUAUAUUGUAUGUUUGUUAUUAUCUAUUUUGGAAAUUUGGGAUAUGGCUUCUCUCUGGUUAUCCCUAAGCUGUAAAUGAGGCGUUGAAUGUGCUCAUAGAUAAUCCUCCUUAGGUUAAGGUCUCUUUUCUCUGUUCUGCUGCGCCUUUUAGAGGAAGAAUAAUCUGCAAAUUGUAAAUUCUGUACAAUAUGCUGUCAGAAGUAGGAACACAGUUCUUUAUGCUGUUUGCCAUUUGUUUCUGAAAUGGGUAAAAGUUUGUGAUUUAUUCAUUCAAACGAUGUUUAUUUGUCCCUCUAAUAGGCAUAUACAGAGCUGACUGCAAUGGACCAAUUAUGGGCUCAAAUGUAAGGGGAAGCGUGCAAUAUUGCUCAACCACACCACAAGAUCAAACAGACUGCGUUGAGUGAAUGUCACAGUGCAUUGACAAUCAGUUCAACAGGCACAUAUUCUACAGGCGUCAAAUUGCAGAGGGAAUUGUGAGAACAUCUUAGCAAUCAAAAAACGCACAGAGCAACAUUUGUUUUUUUUAAAAGGAGAGAUUUCGCACAAGAAAAGUGCCCCUGACCUGAUAAUGGUAUAAUAUAUUGUUUUAUCCUGUGGACUUUGUUUUUAAUGUUUUCAGCACCCAGUUGCCAGUUCAUUGGGUCCACUAACAACAUUGUAGUCCUGCAACAGAUCCAGAUACCUUUUGGGAAGGUUUUAAUGUUUCACUUUUAGUUUUAACUGUUUUAGAGAAGUUCAACUUACUGGUCACUUUGGCGGCUGUAGUUUGUGGUGCUGUUGAAUUGUAUUGUGUUAAAUGAAAGGUGUUUCUAAUAUUUUGUCCACCCCUUUAACAAUUGGUAGAUUUAAUUCGUAGAUCACUGAGUGUGCAUUCCAAUGCAUAGGUAUCUAUAGCUUCCUUUUUCCUGUUUUCUAGCUUCCUGUAACCACUGUCCCCUCUGCAGUUUGACCAUUUCAGAGAUUUGGCUUGAAGCCAUAUAUACAACUCUUUCAAAAGCUGCUGAUUAAAGAAAGGCUGUUUGUACACUGAAAGUAACUAGUAAAAAUGACACUCAUCUAAAGUUGGCAACUACUCAACCAUAUUCCCUUCCUCAGAGAUCUGAUUAACCUGGAUAUUAAAAAUCCAGAGAAUGUAAAGACGAAGCGGUGCGGUUAUCUGUGAAGUUUGGAUACCUCUGGGCAGACAAUCGCUUCAAUUAUGCUACUGAGACACACAUUACCAGAGGCCUUACAAUUCCCUUUUCUGCCUUACAUUGUGUUUUGCGAGGCAGCCUUGAAUGAACGCUGUUCACUCCCGAAUUGACUUUAUGGAAAAAAGGAUAGACUGUUCAUGUAGACUUCACUUUGUGGAAAUAGGAAAUGGCCAUAUUUUCUUAAAAAAAAAAAAAA